AUGAGGUUCUUCUGCAUCAAUAAACCCCCCGGUGUGCCACACAUUGCACUGAAGCUACUAAGACUAGUCGGCGUGUCUGAAGUGAAGACCGAAAGGUAUCGAUACAUACCCAUGUUUGUGAUAUUUUUAGCAGUCAUAGCCGUGCCAAAGAUAGUUCUCGGUUAUCCCAACUUUGAAACGUCCAUAAUCGGGCUGGCAGAACUGUUCUUUCAAACGAAUCGAUUCGUUGGUGUGUUGCUGUUGGUGCUCUAUAGUGAUACACUUUUCGAACUCGUUCGACAAUCGGAGGCCUAUACAGCGAAUGUUCUGACAGAACCGUCUAAAGCUGCACAAUAUCUUAAAUCUACGGAUGCUCAAAUCACCAAAAUCACAAGGUUCUAUCUCACCGCUCUACUAGUGCCAGCAAACUUCUACAGCUAUUCACCAAUUCUAUCCACCCUCUGGAAGUAUUACCAUGCGCACGAUAACGACACCACUGCGGUGGAAUUUGUACUACACAUGGAAGAAAACUUCUACGGACUAAACAUUCGGGAAACGUUCGGGCAUUACCUCAUUUUUGGAGCGAUCAUGAUUCCGACUUCGUUUCUGUGUGCUCUCAUCGGAACGGCAAAGCUCGUGUCUUUACUAAGCCUCGUCAAGUACUGUACCACCUACUUUCAGCUUGUUACGUUGAAGUUGCAGGAAAUGGUUGAGAGGCAAAGGUUAGCCAAUGAGAUGAAAACCAUCUUCCAAAUGCAUCAGCAUGCAAUCAGCUGUGCUGAUUUGCUAACAACUCUCACUGCUCCCAUUAUGCUACUGCAGCUUCUGUUGUGCAUACUGGUGUGGAGCUGUCUACUGUUGUACUUCACCGUAUCGGGAUUUAAUACACAAUUCAUCAAUCUUUUCGUGUUGUUCCUGUUUGAUACGACCGAAACCUUAGGAUAUUGCUUUCUUGGUAAUCAACUCUCGGACGAGAGUGCUCGUAUCGCUCGUACCGUGUAUGAAUGCAACUGGGAAACAUUAUCUUCAAACAGUCAAAAAGAUCUUCAGCUUACGCUUGUUCGUGCCCAACGUCCUGCUGGAAUUACUGCCGGGAAGUUUUGUUCUAUGAAUAUGGAACAGUUUGCCGAAGCUGUCAAAACGACGUAUUCAUUUUUUAUUGUCCUUCGGGAACAAUUUUAA